AUGCCAAGCGCCACAAGCGCCCUCGCCAUCGCCCGGCUGCGGCGGGUGCUGUCGCAGAGCGCGCGCGCGACGCAAUGGCGGGUGUGUCUAGACCUCUGGGAGCAUCACCGGCUCUCCAUUUGCGCCUCAAGCGCUAUCAGUGCCUGUGGUCGUCGAAGCGACUGGAGGCGUAGCCUGGAGAUCUACGAGGCCUUCGAUCGUGAAGCUCCGCCACCGGUUCGCGACCCUGCGCCUUUGAACGCCCUGCUGGCAGCGCUGGCGACGGGCGCCCAAUGGUCUUUGGGCCUCACCUUGCUGCGCGCCGUUCAGCGGGCGGCACUGGACGUGUGGGGCUGGAAUUCCGCGAUCCACGCCUGCGGCCGGGCGGCUCAGUGGCGCUCGGCCUGGGCGUUGCUGGACGAGCUCCAGCGGCGACGGCUGGCGGAUGCGUCCUCGGUGAAUGCCGCGAUCAGUGCCUGUGACAGGGCAGCAGUGUGGGAGGGAGCUUUGGCGCUCCUGGGCCAGGUUCAUCCCAAGCCCGACGUCGUGGGCUUCAGCGCCGCCAUCGCCGCCUGUGCGAAGCGCGCGGUCUGGCGCCAGGCGCUGCACCUCUGGCGCAGCCAUGCGGCGAACGUGGAAGUCGGUUUUGGAGCCACCAUCACCGCCUGUGGAAGGAGCACGCGAUGGACCUUGGCGCUGCAGCUGUUCACUGACGCCCUCAGCGCUUCCUUGGCCUCCUUGACCUCCUUUGGUGCCGCCGUCAGUGCCUGUGAGCUAGGCACUGCCUGGGAAACUGCUUUGGGGUUGAUGUCUCGCGCUGGCCGGGACUGGCCAGUUGACACGGUCUUGAUCAAUGCCACCGUGAGCAGUUGCGAGAAGGGAUGGCAAUGGGACCGUUGCUUGGCGCUGCUGGCGUCCGCCAUGCGAGAACCGGCAUUGGCGGAUCGGGUCACCUGUGCGGCGGUGGCCGAGGCUUGUGCCUCGGCAGUCGCCUGGGCCACCGCGCUACACUUGGCUUCGCUGGGCCAGCCGCCCGUGGCGCAGAUCGCCGCGCGAGAGGCCCUGGAGCUGGCACAGGUGAGUGUGCAACUGCCCAGGACCCAAGUUUUCGGCCGCCUGGCGUGGCGAAGGUGGCAGGACACUCUGCGGACACCCUCCUCCAGCCAUCCAGAGGAGAUCACCUUAGCCUCGGCGCAGGGGCGUUUGCUCUUAGAGACUCGCCAGAUUGGUGUGGAUGCGGCCUCCUCUGGGGCGAGUCGGAGCGCGAGGUGUUCGACGGCGCCCUUUGCGGGCGACAUCCUUUUGCCUGAACCCUCACGAGAUCAAUUGACGGUCACCUUAGCCGUGGAGUUGCACAGCCGCCAGGGGCAAUGGAGCCUCACGUGA